AAAUAUUUUGAAGAAGAAGUACUUUCCCAUCUGCAUGUUGAUGUUCCGCAAACAAUUUCUGUUCGAACCACAAGACAUGAUCAAGAUUUAGCAAGAGUUACGAUAGUAUUAGGUGCCAAUCGGGAUGGUUAUUGGAAUGGAGAAAAGUUAGUUGCUCAAUUACAUAAAGCUAUUGAUAUUUUUGAAAGAACACAUCCAAAUUGUAUUGGUAUUUGGGCAUUUGAUAAUGCAACCUCACAUACAGCUUAUUCAGCUGAUGCUUUAUUAGUGAGCAGAAUAAAUAAAGGACCAGGAGGUUCAGUACCAAAAAUGCGUAACACAAUUUGGAAUGGACAACAACAAUCAAUGAUAAUUGAAGAAGAUUUUUUCAUCACGGAUAAAAAAACAAAACAACAAAUUAAUCUUCAUGGUGAGCCUAAAGGAAUUAAAUGG